GUUAUUCAACACAACGGUUCGGAGGAGAAAAUAGAAAUAUUGUCUUGAGCUGUAAGUCAGUGCAGGCCAAUGACAUCUGUUAAGGAGCUGCUCGUGGACUCACUGAAGGAGCUGGUAGAAGCUGAACUGAAGGAGUUUCAUUGGCACUUAAUGAAUGCAUAUCAUAAGUAUAUAUCAAAGUAUGAAAUGGAAAAGGCAGAUAUAUUCGACACAGUGGAAAAGUUGGUGGCAUGUUUUGGACCUGAAGGAGCUGUGAAGAUCAUGGUGGACAUCCUGAGAAAGAUGAAGCAGAAUGAUCUGGCUGAUCAGCUGAAAAAUGAACACAAGCAAGCUCAGGCUGAAGGCAAUAUGAAGACAUAUGUCCCUGUUGGAGAACUACAAAACUUCUUGAAAACUCACAAAAAAAACAUGAUAAAGAAAGCUAAAUUUAUUUUUGAGGGCAACAAAGAAAGUGACACAGAUCUCAAGACUGUUUACACAGAACUGUUUAUCACAGAGGGAGAUAUGAAAGAUGUCAAUCAUGAACAUGAAAUUCUGAAGAUUGAUGAUGCUUUCAGGAACAAAAAAACACAUGUCAAACCAAUCAAAUGCAAUGAUAUAUUUAUUGAACUGGGAAAAAACAACGAGGAGAAGAUUGUGCUGACCAAGGGAGUCGCUGGCAUCGGAAAAACUGUCUCUGUACAUAAGUUCAUCCUGGACUGGGCAGAAGGAAACACCAAUCAGGAUAUAGAGUGUGUAUUCCUGCUUCCAUUCAGAGACAUCAACAUGAUUAAAGAUAAAGAGGUCAGUCUCCAUGAGUUUCUGCUGAAAUUUUAUCCUGAACUGAAGGACCUGGAGAAAUCAAAGUUAUAUAAGAAAUGUAAACUAGCAUUUAUAUUUGAUGGACUUGAUGAGAGUCACCUGCCAUUGAACUUUAAAAGUGAAACACUAGACACUGUUGAGGAAAGAGCAUCUGUAGAUGUGCUGUUUACAAGUCUGGUAAAAGGUAAGCCACUUCAAUCAGCUCUUGUGUGGGUGACAUCACGACCAGCAGCAGCCAAUCAGAUCCCUCCUCGGUAUGUGGGAUUGUUCACAGAGGUGCGAGGAUUCACUGAUGAUCAGAAGGAGGAGUACUUCAGAAAGAGAAUCACAAACGAGACUCAAGCCUCCAGAAUCAUCUCACACAUUAAGACGUCUCGUAGUCUCUACAUCAUGUGCCACAUUCCUUUGUUCUGCUGGAUCACAGCCACAGUACUUCAGGAUAUUCUCAUCAAGAACAAUACAGAGAACAUAAGCACAACACUCACUGAAAUAUACAUUCACUUCUUGCGGAUACAGAUGAACACAAAGAGCCAGAAGUAUGAUGAACAAGAAGAAAAUGAAUGUACAGAGAACUUAAAAUUUAAUAGAAAGAUGAUUUUGAAGUUAGCUAAGCUAGCAUUUGAACAGCUGAAGAAGGAAAACAUUGUGUUCUAUGAGAAAGAUCUGAAAGAAUGUGGUAUUGAUGUGAGUAAAGAUACUGAGUUCACAGGAAUGAUUGCUGAGAUCUUUAAGAAGGAAGAUGGACUUUAUAAGACAACAAUCUUCUGCUUUGUGCAUCUGAGUGUUCAAGAGUUUCUCGCUGCAGUGCAUAUGUUCCUCUGUUACCUAAACAAGAACAUGCGAGAGCUUUUGUUUUUCUUUGAAGAUUCACAAACUACACUCAAACAAAAGUUUCAGUUCUUCUUUAGAAAUCUCCAAUUUCAUGACUUAACAAAGAGGGUCACUGAUAAAGCAAUGCAGAGUAAGAGAGGACACCUGGACCUUUUCCUGCGGUUUCUGAUGGGAAUUUCACUGGAAUCCAGUCAGAACCUGCUCAAAGGCCUGAUCACACACACUAGAGACACCAGUGUGAGCAUCAGACAAACAACUGAAUACAUUAAAGAAUUACAGAAACAUGACAUCUCAGAUGAAACUUCAGUCAAUCUAUUUUACUGCUUACUUGAGCUGAAAGAUAAUUCAUUAUAUGAUGAAAUCCAGACAUACCUCAGUUCAGAUGCACAUCCUGGAAGAGACCUCUCAUCUUCAAUGUGCACAGUGUUGACCUACAUACUGCUGAUGUCUGAGAAAGAGCUGGAUGAGUUCAACCCAAAAAGGUUCACGUCAAAACAAGCAGACUACAAGAGACUCGUUCCAGCUGUAAGAUGCUGCAGAAAAGCCCUUUUUGACAGCUGUCGUCUUGAUGAAACAUGCUGUGAAACUGUGUCUUCUGCUCUACAAUCUUCAAACUCUCAUCUGACAGAGCUAGACCUGAGUAACAAUCACCUGCUGGAUUCAGGAGUGAAGCUGCUCUCUGGUGGACUGAAGAGUUCACAUUGUCAACUGGACAUAUUGAGAUUAUGUGGGUGUUAUCUCACUGCUCGGUCCUGUGAGAGUUUGUCUUCAGCUUUACAAUCCUCAAAUUCCCAUCUAAAUGUGCUGGACCUGAGGAACAAUGACCUGCAGGAUUCAGGAGUGAGGCUGCUUUCUAAAGGACUGAAGAGUCCAAACUCUAAGCUUGAGAUAUUGAGACUUUCCAUCUGUAAUCUCACUGCUCAAUCUUGUAAGAGUUUGUCAUCAGUUUUACAAUCAUCAAACACCUGUUUGAGAGAGCUGGACCUGAGUAACAAUGACCUGCAGGAUUCAGGAGUGAGGCUGCUUUCUGGUGGACUGAAGAAUCCAAACACUAAGCUGGAGAUACUGAGAUUUUCCAUCUGUAACCUCACUGCUCAGUCUUGUGAGAAUUUGUCAUCAGUUUUACAAACAUCAAACUCUGUCCUGAGAGAGCUGGAUCUGAGUAACAAUGACCUGCAGGAUUCAGGAGUGAAGCUUCUUUCUGAUGGACUUAAGAGUCCAAACUCUAAACUGGAGAUACUGAGGUUGUCUGGCUGUAUGGUGACAGAGGAGGGAUGUUGUUAUAUGUCUUCAGCUCUGACUUCACACCCCUCAUGCUUGAGAGAGCUGGAUCUAAGCUAUAAUCACCCUGGAGAUUCAGGAGUGAGGCUGCUCUCUGAAAAACUAGAGGAUCCAAACUGCUUACUGGACAAAUUCAAUGUGGAUAAUGGAGGAGAAUCCAGGAUUACAGCGGGACUACAGAAAUGGAUCUGUUUUCUGACACUGGAUCCAAACACAGCAAACACUGAACUCAUUCUUUCUGAGGAGAACAGAAACGUGACAAGUGUGAGAGAGAAACAGCCAUAUCCUUAUCACUCAGACAGAUUUGAUGAGUAUCCUCAGGUGUUGUGCAGAGAGAGUGUGUGUGGACGCUGUUAUUGGGAGAUUGAGUGGAGUGGACAUGUGUUUAUAUCAGUGUCAUAUAAGAGCAUCGGCAGGAAAGGAUGGGGUGAUGAGUGUUGGUUUGGAUAUAAUGAUCAGUCCUGGAGUUUGUUCUGCUCUCCUGAUAGUUACUCAUUCAGACACAAUAACAUAGAUACUGAUCUCCCUAUGAAGUCCAUCAUCAGGAGAAUAGGAGUGUAUGAUAAUGAUUAUAUCAGUAGAAUAGGAGUGUUUCUGGAUCACAGAGCAGGAAUUCUGUCCUUCUACAGAGUCUCUAAAAACACAAUGAGCCUCAUCCACACAGUCCAAACCACAUUCACUCAGCCGCUCUAUCCUGGGUUUUAUGUUUAUUAUGGAUCAUCAGUGAAACUGUGUUGAUGAAUCAGACGGGACUGACAAGAGAUUCUACCCAUAAUGUUUUGAGCUGCAUGUAAAUCAGUUACAGUGAGAUGUGAUAGUCUCUUCAUGACAUUAAUACUGCAGUUGAACUUCUGUCACUGAAAUAACAGUCAGAAUAAAUGUGCCACAAAUCCUCAUAUAGACAGUAAGAUCUGUCUGUGUUUUUGUGUGUGUGUGGGAGAGAGAGAGAGAGAGAGAGAGAGAGAGAGAGAGUGUGUGUGUGUGUGUGUGUGUCUGUGUUUAUCUACAUUUGUGUUUUUAUUGUACUGUCACAUCAAUCAUUUGUAUUAUUAAUAUCAACAUUUUCUUUCAAUUGAAAAGUUCUUCAUGAAUCAUGUAUGUGAAAAGUAUUGUCAAUCAUUUUCUCUAUUGUUUUUAUACAUAAAUAAUAAAACGCAACAAGAAAUCAACUUGAGAUCAGAUCUGAAUUGAUGUUUGUAUCAUGUUUAUAAUCGAUUCCUCACAAGACUCAAGCCCCAGUGUCGUGAUAUGGACACUCUACUGUCAACAAGCACUGUCCUUAAGAUGAGACGUUAAACCGAGGUCCUGACUCU